UUCCUCUAGCUUGGCCGUGCAACUGUGCAAGUGUGCAACUUCCGACCCCGAGUUGUUGACCCGUGUAAAAGUUAGAAGAAAACCCAAAUUUUGUUAAUGUGAGGCGAUGAGGGCCUGAACUCACUCAGCUUCCUCACAAACUCACUUUCUCUCUCCUCCCACACGCCAUCACCGCUGAACCAUCCGAGUUGACUCACCUGCGCUCCAACCAGACCCGUUGACGAGUUAAGAUCUGGUAAUCAAAGGCAAGAUUGAGCACUUGGGUUCUAGUAGCCGAGUAUUUGCUUAUAGAAGAGCUUGGAAGAAGAAAUGGAGCAAGCUAAUAAGAGAAGUGCAUCUAGCCUUGGUAUAAAAGGAUAGGUGCAAUCUUUUGUAGAUCGUACAGUAUUACUUUGUAGAAGAGAAUGGCUGAUAAAUCAAAGCCAAGGAUGUCGACAAUCUAUCUUUAUGUGCCCAACAUUAUUGGGUACAUCAGAGUUCUAAUGAACUGCGUUGCAUUUGCUUUAUGCUUUUCUCAUAAAGGCCUUUUUUCAGUUCUGUAUUUUGUAAGCUUUGUAUGUGAUGGUAUAGAUGGUUGGUUUGCGCGUAAACUCAAUCAAGUAUCAACUUUUGGUGCUGUUUUGGACAUGGUGACGGACAGGAUAAGCACUGCUUGUUUGCUUGUCAUACUAUCUCAGAUAUAUCGGCCUAGCUUGAUUUUCUUAUCUUUACUUGCUUUAGAUAUUGCAAGCCAUUGGUUCCAAAUGUACAGUACUUUCUUGACUGGCAAGACUAGCCAUAAAGACGUAAAAGACAGCUCUAGCUGGCUGUUCAGAUUAUAUUAUGGAAACAGAAUGUUUAUGGCAUUUUGUUGUGUCUCAUGUGAGGUUCUGUACAUAAUCUUUUUUCUCCUUGCAAAGAAUCAAAGUGAAGAUUUCUUAGAUGUUUUAGUUUCGUCCACAAAACAAAGUUUGGCUCUCUUUCUCUUAGAAGUUUUAGUUCUAUUUGGAUGGGCAGUUAAGCAAACAGUCAAUAUAAUACAGCUGAAGACUGCUGCAGAUGCAUGCGUUUUGCAUGACAUUAACAGAAAGCAAAAACCGUAAAUUGGUCACAUUUAAUAUGCUCCACUCUCUUGAAUACUCUCAUUUGAGCACGAUAAUGCUGUGGGCACUUCUCACCACUUGUAAAGAAACAACUCGUGGUUUUGCUUAUCAGGAAUGGAUAAAUGGAGUUUUUUGCGCCUCAGCCCAAUCAAUUUUUUCCCAGCAUGGCCAAUGGGAUUUCUGAGGUUGUCCUCGAGGAGUGCUUGUGGACAAGGACCUUGGUUCAUUGUUAGUUUGAUGUUAGUGUCAUCUUAUGCUAUAGAUUUCUAUCUUACUUUGAUCAGUUUUGUCCAGGUCUGCUCUGGUCGAGAUCUGGACGUUUUGGACCUGUUUUGUGAAAAUAAAAUAAAAUUUAGGCAUGUAAAAAUCAUUUUUGCACUUGUUUUUUGUAGAAUUUAAUCUUCUUAUGAUUGUUUGGGCCUCUUAGAGGAAGGAGAAGGGAGGUAGGGAGUUAGAUAAAUGACUUAAUGUUGUAUUUGAAAUUUAGGGAACGGAAAGUUAAGAAACAGAUUUUUUUUUUUUUAAAAAAAAGAAAAACAAAAUUCCAGGUUCCCAGUCCAGAUCAAAAACCCAAAUUCGGUAUUUUUGGCAGACUGAGGACCGUUCCCGGAUUUUUGGUCUAGUUUGGUCCAAAUUCAGGUCCGACCUUGGUCUUUGCUUAUUCCUUCCUAGUAUUCCUAUAGUACAGUUUCUUGCUUUCUUGCUUUUGUACUGUUUGAGGAGCAAUAAAUUUACUGAUGAUGAAGAUGCUAUUUAGCAUCUCAACCAUGCUACUUGAUAUAUGCGACGGAGCUUGAUCUUUUGGAUUUUAUUUUUUCCUGUUGAAAAGGAACUUGUUUUAUUUUUUCUGCACAACAGUGUAUUUCUAAGAUUGAUGUAUCACUACUCUCUUACUUCUUGAGAAAAUAUGACGUUGCAUACAUUCAAUCAAACUUGGAAUUUGGAAUGUAAUUUAUUAUUAAA